UUUUUAUUUUUAUUUUUGAAUCAUGGACAGAGAGACAGAACAGGAAGAUAAUGAGGUGAGGAAUGACACAGAGAGGGAGGUCUCCAAUGAGGAGGACAUUGCUCCUGCUGCUGUUCAUGGACAUGAAGGUGUCCCAGCUGAGGUGGGUGCAUCAGAUCAGGAUGGAGAAACUUCUGAAAGUAUGAAGCCCACUGAGGAGGCCCUAGCUGAAGAGGCAGCCAGCUCUGAGCCAGAAGAGAACAGCAUGAAAGAGCUCACCACAAGCCCAGACUUGGACGUGGAGAUGAAUGAAGUCAAUGAACAGCCAGCGUCCCACGAGGAGAGCGUUGUUUUUGAGAUGAACAGCAACGAUGAUGAUGGUCCUCCAAGUCUGCAUCUCGAGACCCCGGAGAGAGAGAACACCAGCCCCACACAGGAGCAGGAAGAUGAGGCUGAAGGAGAGGAACCCACCACUGCUCCUGCUGCUGCUGCUCCUCCAGACAGAGAAGACGUCAGCUACCAAGAACACAUGCGGCUCCUCCAGGAGCUGCGCGAGGAGAGAGAUAAAGCCAGCCAACGCAGCAUCCAGCUGCAGACCAAGCUGGCAGAGUACUUCCGCAAGAGGUCCGGGGACGACGUCCAGCUGGAGAGGGAGCUGUCGGUGUCAGAGCAGCUGCGGGAGUAUGAGAAGCACAUGAGCAUCCUGAGUGACCUGAAGCUGCAGAUCAGCACUGAGUCAGAGGCAGCUCAGCAGCAGGAAGAGGAGCUGAGCUUCCAGGCAAAAGGGAAGCUGGACAAGGUGGAAAAUGAGUGGCGUACAUUGAUGGCACUGAAGCAGGAUGUAGCUGUGACGGUGCUAAGCCGACGCCUGGGCAAACAAGCUGCUCAGGCCAAAGUGGAGUCCAUCCUGGCAGCAGAGCAGCUUCGCCAGGACGAGCUGAUCAAGCUGCGCCUCAAGCACAUCAAGCUGAGGAUCAAGAUUCACAGGCUGGAGGCAGAGCUCCGUGACAGGGAAGAGCACGCCAGGGACCCACUGCAGCUCCAGUUUGAGCAGCUGCAGGCUGAGAGGCUGGAGAAGAAAAAACAUGCUGAGAAGCAAAGCGAGGAAUCAUUAAAGAUGCAGAAAAAGAUCAGCGGCAGCUUGGAGCUUCUGUCAAACAUAAAGGAGAAGCUGUUCUGGUGCCAGAUGGAUGUCCAUGCCAAGCAAGAGCAGCUGGCUGCAGUGGAAGCCACAGUGGCCAGGAAGAGGGACCUCCUGACCAGGACGAAGCAGGCACGCAACAGCCUGCAGAGAGACAACCAGAGGCUGAAAGAACGCCGUGGUCUGCUGGGGAACAGAGUUCUGCUGCGGGAUUUUGAGGACACUGUGGACGCCUCCGACCACUUGGAGGAACAACUGGAGAAUCUGAAGGGUCGGCAAGCCGAGAUUGUCUUCAGCUGUAGCAGAUGGAGGAAGAAGCUGGGGACAACCUAAUGAAAGAUUCAAUGAACUGUGAUCAGACUACUGAACGAAAGAAUCCUGAUUCAACAGGAACGAAAAUGAGCAUCAGUACUAUUUGUAGUUUUAUCCUAUGCAGUGUGUCAGUGUAGGCAACGACCAAUUCUGCAUUUAAGGCACUUCAUUAGGCCAAUGGACUCUGUGACACAAACCAUCUAUGUUCCACAUGUCUGCUCAAAUGAUAGAACAUAAAGUGUAUUUCCCAAGUUGGUGAUUGGAACUGUCUGUGGAAACGGUCAGACUUUGCCAGCAGUGACCCCAACCUUUGAGUGUCAAAUCAUGAUUAAUAUUAAUACUAAUAAAGAGUACGCUGAACCCAG